GAUACAUAUUUAUAUAUAAACAAUGUAUACGUAACCUACAAAAGUAUUUUAUAUUCUUCAGUUUAAAUGCGGUAUAAUAUGAAUUCUAUUGACCUACUUGCAAAUUUAUUUUAAAAAAUGUUGACUAGUCAAUAUAAUACGUUAUGAAUGAUACACUGUUGCAAUUAUUUUAAAUUUAAUAGUUUAUAAAAGUUGUUUUCAGUAUUGAAGGUCACUAUGCAAUCUGAAAUUGAAGAAAUUGUUAAGAUUUCGUUGAAAAAAGCUUUGGAUCAUGAUGCUAAAGGAAAUAUUGGACAUGCUUAUGCAUAUUAUACUGCAGUUUUAGAACUUUGUCCAGCCAAACGCCCAGGACUUGAGAAAAGAUUUAUUUCAAUUUUAUGUGAAUGGGGUAUUCAGUUAGAACGAAAAAAUCUUUUAACCGAUGUUAUUAAAUGUUAUAAAAAUUCAUUAGAACUGUUUCCAAAAAAUCCUCAAAUUCUUAAUAAUUUUGCAGCACAUCUUUUAAGGCAGGAAGAAUAUUUAAGAGCAAUAAAAUACUUGAAAAAAGCUUUGGAAUUGGAUGAAAAUUUCUUACCUGCUGUCAGAAAUUUACAAAAUGCUUACAGUAUAGCAGUGGAUAGAUGGCAUUUUGCUAUGUUAAAUGAUAAAAAAAGAAAUGAAGCUUUCAACAAGGCUAUUAAAAAAAAAGUCCUUUUGGGCUAUGACACUGUACUUGAUAUUGGAACUGGUACUGGAAUACUUAGUUUGUAUGCUCAUGACUCAGGGGCUAAAAGUGUGUAUGCUUGUGAAUAUUCACCUGUAAUGGCUGAUAUUGCAAAAAAAGUAUUCCACAAAAAUAAAGCUGACAAUAUUAAACUCAUUUGUAAAGCUUCACAUUGUUUGAAAAUACCUGAAAAUAUAAAUGAAAGAGUUAAAUUAAUAGUAACUGAAAUAUUUGAUGCAGCAGUAUUUGGUGAAUUAGUUAUUCCAACAUUGAUUGAUGCUCAUAAAAAUUUAUUAGCGACAAAUAAUGAAGGAACGAUUAUACCUAUGAGUGCUACAUUGUACAUAGCAGCCGUUGAAUCUCAGUACAUAAGAAAUAAGUCAUCUGUUGUUUUCAACAAAUCCAAUUAUCUUGGAUCAUUAAAUUUUGAGAAUAUUAUUAUUUACAUAGAUGAUAACUAUUAUGACACAGAGAGUCUAAAUAAUGUUGAUGUAAAUUAUAUCACAGAACUUUCACCGCUUCUUCAAAUCAAUUUUAAUGAUUUAGAAGAAUUAGAAAAUUUCAAUAAAGAUGGAAUUAAAGGGAAUUUACCAAUAACGUGCCAAGUAAAUGGAUCUGUUGAUGCGUUAGUAGUUUCAUUCAAACUACAUCUUGAUGAAGAAAUUGAGUUAGACUCUUCUCAAAAGAAUUCUUGUUGGCAGUUUGCGAUAUUUCCUCUAAUUCCACAAACUGUUAAGCAAAAUGAUAUUUUAAUAUUGACAGCACAGUUAAUAAAUGGAAGACUAAAAUGUUCAUGCCAACAAAAUAAUCAAAAUAUGGAACAAGGCAAAUUUUUUUAUCAAUUACCUAGAGAUGUUAUUACAUUUUUAAAUGACCAAGAAUAUAUUGCAUCACUAAUUAAAGUAGCGAAAUUGAAGAGAAAUGAAUGUAUCAAAAGCGUGUAUGAUACUUCUCCUGUUCCAAUAUAUGGGUUAACAGUGUUAAAAGAAAAUUCUCUCUGUGAAGUACUAUAUUGCCAAACGGAUAAUUCGGCUUUGAAACAUUUUAUAGAGCACAUUGUUAAUACAAACAAUAUUAAUAAAAAAGUCUAUUUUGUAUCAGAUUUUAGUGAAAUAACCUGUACAUUAGAUAAUAUUUAUGUACAUAAUUUUGAUACCAAAGGAGAGUUGUUGGACUGGGGUCAACAAACAUACAGAGAAAUUUACAGUUGCCUGCUGAGUUCUUCAGGUACCUUAUUACCAGAAAGAAUAUUUCUGAUGGGUCAAUUAGUGUAUUCAGAAGAACUACCUAAAAUAGUUUCUGUAUACAACAAUAAUCUACAGGAAUCUAAUUAUCAAGAAGCUAUAAAAUCAGACACCAAUAGUGAACUUGAUGAUACUGAAGAUGAUGAAAAAGAAGAAAAAAAUGAAAUAGAAAAUGUCAAAUCUAAUUCAAAAACUUAUAAAUAUUCAAUAGCUGAAUAUAUAAAUAAGUUUAAAAUCAAUCAAGUAUUUGAUUUAAACUCAAGUUUAUAUAACUCUAUUGCCCUAUCAAAUGUAAAAACAUUAACAGAAAUGGAUGAGGCAGAAAUGAAAGAGGAAAUUUUCAAUUUUGGAGUUAUAAAUGUACAGAAGUUAAGAACUGUUCCAAAUGCUUUAAUUUGUUGGUAUAACAUUUUUAUCACUGACGAUGUUGUUAUAGAAACAAAAAGGGAAAAUUCUUUUAUGAAUCAUACAGCAAUAGUUUUUAACAACGAAUUUGACAACAAAGUAUUACAAGGUGAAGAUAUCAAAAUCAAAAUACAGCAAAUGCGUGAUAUAGUAAGGAUAAGUGUUGUGUAAUAGUAAGUAUUUUCAUAUAUAACAAGAGUAUAUAUUUCCAAAAAAUAUAUGUUACAAAAUGUUUCUUAUAAUUCAAAUCAUACCUGCUAUAAACACUGGUAAAAUCUUGAAUAACAAAAAUAGAAACUA